AUUACCAGCAGGGAAAGUUCACCAACCAUGUCCGUCAUCCCUUUCAUCUUCGUCCUCACCAUCCUCUUCCCUUCCUCCAUCUCCCUAAACUUGAGUGCUAUUGGCCCCGUUACUCCAGACCACGCCUGCACCUUCACCACCGAUCCCGACUUCUGUCAGUCCCUCUUGCCUAGUGACUCCCUCAACAACUUCUAUGGCUACGGCCAACACCUUAUCAAGAAGUCCUUACAGCAGUCCUACGCUUUUUCCUCCCUCAUAAACGAGACCAUAAGAGAUAAGGCCAACCUCACCCCUCUGGCAGCGGCCGCUCUGAACGAUUGCCUGCUGCUCUCGGAGCUCACCACCGAUUUCUUGGUGUCGUCCAUAUCCACCCUUGACUCCUGCGACUCCACCACCCUUGCCGAAGACCAGGCAGACCUGGUCCAAACCCUCUUGAGUGGCAUCAUCACCAACCGGCGCACUUGCUUGGAUGGCCUCACCCAGGCGUCCUUCUUGCAGCGCGGACACAAGCUCUAUGCGCCACUGAUGAACGGGUCUCUGCUCUACAGUGUGUCGCUGGCCAUGCUCGCCAACUCUCGGGCAUUCAAGCACAGGAAGACCAUGAACCCUGGCAGGAAGCUGCUGGAAGACCUGAGAGUAGGCAGAGAUGGUGCCCCUCGGUGGGUGAACCGAAACAUCUUCCACUUCGCCAGUGGAAGGAGGAUGGCUCUGCAGACCAUGGGCAGCGUGGUGGUGGCUCAGGAUGGCACCGGUAACUACCGCACCAUUAGUGAAGCCAUUGCUGCGGCUCCUGCAAACGGCGGAACCAAAGGGUACUACGUCAUCAACGUGAAGGCAGGAGUGUACAAGGAGUAUGUGACCAUACCCAAGUCCAAGAAGUACAUAAUGAUGGUUGGAGACGGUAUCGGCAAGACCAUAAUUACCGGUAGCCGUAAUGUCGUCGACGGUUACACCACUUUCAACUCUGCAACUUUCGCUGUGCUUGGCGAAGGCUUCGUAGCAAUCGGAAUUACGGUGAGGAACACAGCCGGUCCGGCCAAGCAUCAGGCAGUGGCUGUUAGAAACGGCGCCGACCUGUCAACCUUCUAUAAGUGCAGCUUCGAGGGAUACAAAGAUACGCUGUACACCUACUCCAUGCGUCAGUUCUUCCGCGAGUGCGAUAUCUACGGCACGGUAGACUUCAUCUUCGGCAAUGCGGCCGUCGUCUUUCAAAACUGCAACAUGUACGUGAGGCUGCCUUCUUCCGGUCAAUUCAACACGGUUACGGCUCAGGGGAGAAGCGACCGGAACCAGAACACGGGCACCUCCAUCAUCAACUGCAACGUUGCGGCCACCUCUGACCUCGCAGGCCAUUCCAACGUGAGGACUUACUUGGGCCGGCCAUGGAGGCAGUACUCCAGAACAGUGUUCAUGCAGUCCAACCUUGGUAGCUUGAUCAACCCAGCAGGGUGGUCCCCAUGGUCCGGUAGCUUUGCCCUCAGCACUCUAUACUAUGGAGAGUACGCCAACAGCGGCCCAGGUGCAGCUACCGGCGGCAGGGUCAAAUGGCCUGGGUUCCAUAUCAUGAGUUCUAGUGAUGCUCGCCGGUUCACAGUGUCCAAUUUCAUACAGGGAGGAAACUGGCUGCCCAAGACUACUGUGCCAUUCACCGGUUGAUCGGGUCGAACCCCAAUAUAUUCAAUCUGCUAGAAGAAGAAGCAAUCUUUUCGGUUGUUGAAAUUGAUGUCGUUAAUUAAUUUGUUUAAUUCCUCUGCAAUUAGAUUCUGUCCAUUUGUUGUAAACCUGAAAGGAUUAGGGCACAUCACGUAGAGCCCGCUUUCCUGCUACAAAAGUGUGAAUAGCUAGAUAUCUUAUACGGUCAAUGCAAUCGUUAAAUUUGUGUUUGUUUUUUCAUUGCUCCUUUAUCUUUGUACUUGUAUUUAAUUAAUAAAACUGUCUGGAUUCCGUAGCUUA